AUGGGCGCUUCAAGGGCGUUGUCAUGCUGUACAAGGAGUGUUCUGGCGUUGCUCAAUUUGGCAAUGAUGCUAGUUGCUCUUGCUGCAUUGGCCUUGGCCAUCUGGAUCCGAUGCGAUGAUUCCUUCGAAGAAUCACUACGCGCUGAUCUUUUGGUGAAAGGAGAACCAGAGCCGAUGGGCAGCCUAAAGCAUGAUUUCCGAACCUGGAUCACCGUCAGCUUUUGGGUGAUCGUUGGCUUCUGUAUUGCAUGCGCAAUCAUCGGCCUCGCAGGGCUUUUGGGAGCGGCUGCUCGAUCUCGUUGUCUGGCAGCGAUUUACUUCCUUGCUCUUCUCAUUGUCAUCCUAUUGGAAAUAGCCAUUGGGAUUUUUGUGUUGGUCGAACGGCACAAGGUGAGGGAUGCGGUGAAGGAGUAUGUGCAAACAGCCUUCCAGCAGAAUACUCAGGAUCGCUCGACUAUCGAAUUAAGAUACACCUGCUGCGGCAUCGAAAAUUUCCCCAACCCACAAUGUAAUGGACUGCUGCCAACUUGUUCAUCAGCCGUCUGGGAUCGUCUUGACUAUACCCUAAUGGUAUUUGGAAUUUCCAUGAUAGCUGUCGUGUUCUGUCAAAUACUUGCUGCUCUCACCGCCCUCCUUCUCGCCCUCACCCCCUCAAUCUAUGCUCAAGCC